UUGAUAAUCUCACCAUCAUAACCGGAAUGGACAUCAGAACUCCGGACGAUGUCCAAUCGCUAUACAGCACUCUAAAAGCAGAGGACGAAUUCGGACUGGCCUUACCAGAGUGGACCAAAGACUACUACCCGGACAAACUGCUUCCACUGACCACCUUCGGCUACGUGCUAAACGUCUACAACGACGAGCUAAAAAGGCUCAAAGGUGGCCCAUUCCUAAAGAAGACCAUUUCCGAGUGGGAAGCCGUGAUGGCUUCCGAAGUAACCCCGGCGAAGAACAAGAAAAUGUUCCUCUACGCCGGGCACGAUUCUACGGUGGUCAACAUCCUUUCGGCCUUCAAUGUGUGGAAGGAGCAAGUGCCGGGCUACGCCAUCAUGGCACUGUUCGAACUGUACAAGAACCGGCGGACAGCCGAGUACUCGGUGAGAGUCUACCAGAAGAACGUCGGAGAACUGCCGAUUAGCUUGGAGAUUCCCGGCUGCAGUAAGUACUGCCCGGUGGAGAAACUGAAAAAGCUACUGGACAGUCAUGUGCCGACCGAUAUGGCCGUGCUCUGUAAGGCCCAUUCCGCCGGGUUCGAAGAGCCACCUCCCAGUGGGCCUUGAAUCUUAUAGAGGGUAGGGUUAGGUUAGCUGAUAAGUAUUUAAGAUACAAUAGGCUCUAGUGUGAAAUGUGAUUUUAAUGUUUUUAAGAUUAUGAGAUUUUU